GCGAUCCCCCGUGUAAGAGUGAGGUGGAGGAGGACAUUCCAGUCCAUGUGACCACAGAAAAUCCCAGUAAGAUCUCUGAGGGAAACUUCAUCUUAUCACAAAAUUAUACAGGAGAAGAUGAAGAUAUCGGGCAUGGCUCUUCAGGAGAAACCCUCAUUACCUGUAAUGUCCAUCCAGGACUUCACAGACCAGAUCUGUCAUAUAAUGCUCCUAAUCAUAAGGAACCUUCUCCUGACCAAUCACAGAUUUCUAACACAAGUACCGGGCCGAAAAAGGUUACAAGUUUUUAUUGUGGGAAAUGUGGAAAAGAAUUCACAAACUUUUCAGGUCUAUAUGCACACAGAAGAAUUCACCCAGUAGAGAUGUUUAAUUCAUGUUCAGAAUGCGGCAAAUGUUUUACAAAAAAGUCAAGUCUUAUUAUACAUCAGAGAAUUCACACAGAGGAGAAAAUAUUUUCAUGUUCCGAAUGUGUUAAAUGUUUUAUACAUAAAUCAAGUCUUGCUGAACAUAAGAGAAGUCACAAAGUAGAGAACCCAUAUUCAUGUUCAGAAUGUGGGAAAGGUUUUAGAUAUGAAUCACAGCUUGCUGAUCAUGAGAGAAGUCACACAGGAGAGAUGCCAUAUUCAUGUGCAGAAUGUGGGAAAGGUUUUAUAUAUAAACCACUGCUUGUUGAUCAUGAGAGAAGUCACACAAGAGAGAUGCCCUAUUCAUGUGCAGAAUGUGGGAAAGGUUUUCUUUAUAAAGGGAGUCUCAAGGUGCAUCAGAGAAGUCACACAGAAGAAAAAACAUUUAUAUGCUCCAAAUGUGGUGACUGUUUUACACGAAAGUCAAGUCUCACUACACAUGAGAAAGUUCACACAGGAGAGAAGUCAUUUUGAUUUUUUUUAUGUGAAAAAGAAAAUCAGAAUUUUAAACUCCUCUGAGAAUUCACACAUAGAAGAAAUAAAUUCUUGUUUGGAAUGUGGAAGUGUUUACAGGCAUUAAACAGCCUAUAUGAGAGUAUAUUUUUCUGUGGAAUUACCCUGGAUUUGCCAAAGAGCCAAAUUAUAUUACCCUGAGGUCAACAGUGACCAGGAUCGAUGGAGGAAAAGUAUUGUGGAUAUGAGAAAAAAAGAAGAAGAGCGUUGUUUACUGUCAGAGCAGUGAAGAUGAAUUGUCCCCAUGGACCUUGCUUCUUACCGUAUUCAUACCUCCACCUGCACUGCAGGAGAAUCCAGAGGGACACAGUGAGGAACGGAAGGACACCUCCUGUAGACUUUUAUGUAACCUAUGUGGACAUAUGGAAUGGGUAUUUGCUCUUCAUUAAUACAAUAUAUCAAGAUAAAGGUGAUGGGGAAAGUAACAAUUUGAGUUGACAAUAAUUUGUUAAAAAACCCAGAUCUUCUAUUUCCUUCCAUUUCCUUCUCUUUGCCUCAUUCACACUUGUGUAUUCUGGUCAGUAUCUUACACCAGUAUUUGUAGGAUAUAAUUAGGAGUAGCUCCCGAACAUGGAAGACUUUCCAUUAUACCUUUCUCUGUUUUAUUCCGUUCCCUGUUACGGCUUACAGAUACUGAUACAAGAUACCGACCAAAAUACAAAAGUGUGAAUGAGGCCUCACUGUCUAUUGGUCUCUUCCAAUGGCGCUUUUAUUGCCUACUCUCCCAUAGAGAUCAUGCACAGACAGUUAUACAUCUCAUAUCUUCCUUGGCGGUCUGUGGAGGUCUUCAUUCAUCUAGGUCAUGAUAUAUCAGUAGUAAUAAAUCAGAGCAACUGGACAUGUAUUUGUUUUUCUCGAAGACUUUUCACUGGUCAUCUGAAUUCCUUUCUCAUAUAGAAUGGCUUGUACAAGAAAUCUCUGGCAAUAUACACUGCCACUUACAAUGCUGUCCUAACACCUCUCCUGAUGCAGUACAAUUACACCUAAUGACAUCAGUAAUGCAAAUGCCAUCAACGCCUUACCUCCAUGGCUGAACCAUGAAUCACUAGUGUCGGAGAUUUCUCAUAUAAGGUAUUCUAAUUUACAGACAGUCGGAUGACUUGUGAAAUACCAGUCCAGUUGCUCUGACUUAAUACUGACAUUCCUUGAUGGGUUUCUCACAAAGAGAGGAAAAUACAAGUAGCGCUCAGGGAUCACCAAGUAAACUUGGAAAUAACUUUAUACACUCCGACACAAAAAUAACCCACCAAAAAGGAGUUGUUGGAAUGAAGCUUUCUCUGUGUGAAUGUAAUGAUGAUAAAUGUGAGUGAUUAUAAUGUUGGAAUGGAAGUUCCAUGGUCAAAUGAUGUCAUCACUGUAAGUCAGCGUGUUCCAAGCCCAUGAACCAGGAUUUUUAGCCUUAGGAAACCUACCAAAAUAUAGGUUGGCCUGAUUAAUAUUUCAUAUUUGUGUUUGCUAUGCCUGGGUUGGUAAAAAUGUUGUGUAAACCUUGGUGAUCCCAUUAUCCUACUCGGGGACACCUACAAGAUGUUUUGGCUCAAAUUAGAAUUAUGCCAUACAACCUUUCACAUUUUGCAUUCAAAUUGGCCAGCCUCCUGUCAUUGAUAAAAAGGAUGGUGAAGUCUACUGUAAACCACACCUGGUUCAGAUUCCUGGGGAUACACCUCGUGUAAGUCUGGCCAACUUUCCACUGUUAUCCCAGUGUAGAUCCCUCACCGAUCUAACUGGUAUGCCAUCCAUUAUUUCCUCCUCAUUCUAUUUCUGUACUGUUUGAUUCUCAGUAUGUCCCUUUUUGUCAUCUUUUUGUAACUUUUAGCACUGUACUGUUAUUAUAUUAAAUCUUAAAUUGAA